GUUCCCUUUGUUUGAUGACAGUUGACAGAUGUUAUUCUUUUCGAAGGGACGAACAUAACGGAUUAAGAGAAAAAAAGCACAACGUCUGUAUUUCAUUUCACGUGUAUUUCAUUAUUAAUCUUCCUUAAAACUUGUGUGUCUCUCUGGACAAACACGAGUGAUCUGCCACGCUUUGUUGAUUUUCUGUGUAUAAGACUUGGAGUUUUUAACGACACUGAACAAAAACAAUGGAGAAGCAGCAUGCUGAGUUUGUUGACCGUCACAGAAGCGAACUCAUCCAAAGGGUCACUGCUGUGAUGGCCAUUGCUGAUUCACUGUUAGCGGUUAAAAUAAUUCACGGGGAAACAUACUCAAAUAUUUUUGUAGCCUCUACAAAUAUGGAUAAAAUGAGAAAGUUACUUGUUGCUCUGAACACCAACAAAGCCAAAUCAGUUUUUUAUAAUUGGCUCAAAGACAAUGACCGCUUCCUGUUUGAAGAUCUUAAACAAAAAGAAAUUGAACAGGGAAUGGAAGGGGCAUCUGCACAGACCUCAUCAGAAGUACUGGAAACUGAAUCUCAUCCUCAAAAUACUAAUACAGAACAGAUGGAAGCUGUCCAACAGAGGACUGAGGACCAACAAAUAACCUGGUGGAACAGAGAUAGAUCCCGUACAAGACAUAAGACAAAAAUAGAGGAGCUGCAAAGAGAGACUGACAAACAAAAAGUUAGGAACCUCUGGUUUUGUAAAGCUGAGAAGUACAUGAUUGGCUCUGGAGGAAGUGGCACACAAGUCUAUAUUGGCGUGACUGAAGAUGGCAUUGAAGUAGCCAUUAAAAUAAUAACCAAGAACCCAAAGAACAUCAAAGAAUUUGAAAAUGAACUGAAACUAUUGCAAGAUUCAAAGCUUGAAAGCCCAUAUAUCGUCAGGUAUGUGAGCAGUGCAGAGGAUAAAGACUUUUACUAUCUUGCAAACCAGCUUUGUGAAUAUGAUCUAGUGGACUACAUGGAAUAUCUUCGUCAGUCAGAACAAAAGGACCGAAAAGAGACCACUUUGAGGAGAAUAGUGAAGGAGAUUCUUCUUGGCCUUCAAGUUCUUCACCGUGCUGAAGUGGUACAUCGUGAUAUAAAGCCUAGAAAUGUUUUGAUAGAUAAAGAAGAAAGGGCCAGGCUGGCCGACUUCGGCUUAAGUCGCAAACUGGAGGAGGGGGAAACCACAAUGUAUACUGACAGAGCUGGUACACAAGGCUGGGAGGCAACGGAGAUUAUAAAUCAGACAGAAAUAGGUGGAUACAAAAUGAGCUCAGACAUCCAGGUAGCAGGGAUGUUAACCCAUUACAUCCUCUCUGACGGGAAACAUCCGUUUGGUGAUGGCAUCCGCUGUCUAGUGAACAUUUCAGAAGGGAAAUAUUCUCUUGAAGAUAUUCAAGAUAUUGCAGCAAAGGAUCUCAUAGAAUGGAUGAUAAACAAAGAACAAGAUAAGAGACCGAACAUCGACAAAGUCCUAAAUCACCCUUAUUUCUGGGAUGAUAAAAGGAUAAGAGAGGUUGUUCACAAUCUGGGAAAUAAAGAGGAAGUCCAGGAAUACAAGAACUGUAAAAACAAUGAAAAGCUUUAUGAGACUGUACAGAAAUACACAGAGGGAAAAACCUUUUCUGACUGGAAGAGAGAGGCUCCUGAGACAUGGACAAAAAUUGGCAAAAAUCUUCCCAAUGACUUACUUGGCCUGUUAAGACAUGUGCGCAACGCACUGGGACAUCAGGAAAAAGAGUUCUAUGAAGAGAAGAUGAUUGAGAAGUUUCCAGAUUUCCUCAUCAGUUUACACAAGCUGGCUUUGGACAUGGGCUGGGAAUAUUGAAGAAGCUGGAAAUUGCAUGUGGACAUCUUUCGUUUUGUUCAUAGAUUUGAUCAUGUAUUUUAGGAGGCAAAUAUUUAACAUAUUUCACUUUACAGUCUUUUGCGGCCUCAAUUGCUUUACACUUAAUAUUGAAUAUUGGUGUAUUUACGGUCCCUAAACAUUUUUAAACUCCACAAUAUUGGUUUCAGCAUAAAGACUGCUGAAGGUUGUUUCAAGGCCUGCAUAGCGUUGCAAUUUAUGUAUUUAACGGAAGUCAAUAUCGAUAUCGAUCUUGCUUGCUUGUUGUACAUUCGUUGCUGAAAUGUUAAAUGAAUGUUAUUUGUAUAAUGUGAAAUGAUUUGUAGAAACCGUCAGUGUCUUCUGAAGAUCACCUACUGUACACUGUGAUAAAGGGACCAUUCAACCAAAAAAAUGACAAUUCUGUCAUUUACUAUCCCUCAUGCCAUUUUACUACAUAAAACAGUUUAUAGCCUUUAUUUUAUUGCUUUUAGUUUGCCAUUUUUUUUAUCUUGCUCUGGAAUUUUGAAUAAAAUU